AGGCAGGGGCGCUGGCAGCUGGGCAGCUGGGGGCUGCACUCCAUCCAAGGGGCGAGCAGGAAGCAUUGGCCCUCUCCUGGCCCUCUCCCUCCUUCUCCUCCAGCUCCACCCCACAGAGCAGCCCCUCUUCUGGUUGCAAACCUUGGGCACCAGGGGCACUCCUCCUUAGCAUCAGGAUUGUCAACCGUCCCCCAUAAAACCUUUCCCUUCUACCCUCUUCCUGCUUUCCCACAAUUCCUGAAUGUUGGACCUGCAUAUUUUGGCUUCCACUGACAUGACUGACAGCUGGCUGAACACACAGUCAGAGGAAGAGAAAGGUCAGGAAAACAGCAUGGUGGAUUCAGGGAACCUGGACGACAGCUUGACCAGCCUACAGUGGCUUCAAGAGUUCUCCAUAAUCAACGCCAACAUGGGGAAGUCCUCCUCUUCCCCCUGCAGCACAGAUCCUCAUGGUUAUCACAAAAUUCCUGGUUCAGCUGCACCGUGCUCCCCACUGGCUGGUGAUCCAGCCUGCAUGGGGAUGCCCCAUACCCCUGGCAAGCCAACCUCCUCCUCUACAUCAAGGACUGCACAUCUGCAAGGCCAGCCAUUGGAAGACAUAGAUUACAAGACCAAUCCCCAUGUGAAGCCUCCUUAUUCGUAUGCCACACUCAUCUGCAUGGCAAUGGAAGCCAGCAAGAAAACCAAGAUCACACUCUCAGACAUCUACAAGUGGAUUACAGAUAAUUUCUGCUAUUUCCGGCAUGCUGACCCCACAUGGCAGAACUCCAUUAGGCACAACCUGUCCUUGAAUAAGUGCUUCAUCAAAGUGCCACGAGAGAAGGAUGAACCAGGAAAAGGUGGCUUUUGGAAGAUCGAUCCCCAGUAUGCAGACCGACUGAUGAAUGGAGCUUUCAAGAAGAGGAGGAUGCCUCCUGUUCAGAUCCAUCCAGCCUUCACUGGGAGAAUUCCGCAGGAUGCCUGUUCCAGUUCUUCUGCUCAUCAGGUAACAGCCACCUCUUGGAAAAGCAACAGUACUCUGAAAAUCAACAUGGAGUCCCAGCAGCUGCUCAAGGAGUUUGAAGAAGUUACUGCUGAGCAUAACUGGAACCCUGCAGAUGGAAAGAUGAGCCAUAAGCGCAAGCAGCCGCUGCCCAAACGGAUGUAUAAGACGGCUCGCCUCUCCAGCUCCCCAAUGCUCACUCAGGAAGAGCAGACAGAGCUUGGGUCUCUGAAAGGUGACUUCGACUGGGAGGCCAUCUUUGAUACUACUAUAAAUGGUGACUUCUCCACCUUUGAGGAUCUGGAGAUCACUCCUCCUAUUAGCCCCAUAACCAGAGAUGUAGACUUGACUGUGCAUGGAAGACAUCUUGAUUGUCCGCAGGAGUGGUGCCCCACUGGACAGGAUUACAUCCUAACAGAAUCCAAUCAGAACAGCUUGGACUUUGAUGAAACCUUCAUUGCCACUUCAUUCCUUCAGCAUCCAUGGGAUGAAGGGAGAAAUGAUUACCUCUCAGGUUCUGUCAACAUGGAUCCACUGUUUGAACUGAAUGACCCUUCCUUGCAGACAGAAAUGAAUGACUGGAGCAAUGCUGGCUGUCUUUAAUAAGACAGAUCCCUGACUGAAAGGCUCAAGAUCAUCCAAGACUGAUCAGCUGUAUGAACACGAUAUUCCCAGUACUGCAGGACUUUGCGAAACAAAAGAACUGUAUAACAAACAAGACACCUUUAUUAUUUGGACUAAGUGAAUCACAGAGGCAUCUGAGGUGGGGAAAAGAUCUGGAGAAUUUGACUGGAUGUAUCUGAAAGCAACACAAAUGGAGAGUUUGUACCCCAAAAGGAAACAAAUGAUAAUAACAAUACAGUACAGUGCUUAUUUUUUGUCCUUUUAAAGAAAUAUGGAUUUUUCUACUUUGGGGUGGAGGGAACUGAAAAGGGCAUAUCUUCCUGGGAGGAGAGGACAUUGGAAUAGGAUGGAAGAGCUGGCCUUUUCUGGUAACUAGGAAUGUGUUAGAUGAUCUGAAAUUUCCUCUUCCUUCUUCUGUCCUUUUAUUUUUCUCUCUGUGUUGUGUGAGAGUGUUUGCAUGUUUCUACCCAGUAGGACUUGCUAGGAAAAAUGUAGGACAAUUAAGUAGCAGGCAAAUAUGGAGUUGCAACCACCUGUCUGCCCUAGGGCUAGUUUAGAUGUUGAAUUCUAUUUACUCAGCAUCAAGAUCUUUUUCAGCUUUUUAAAAAGUAGAGCCUAUUAUAUACCUAUAACAAAAUGUAUAUCUUUAGCAACAGUGCACAAUCAGUAGACUACUGGGGGGUGAGAACUGUAAUAAUGUUAAUUAAGAUUGAAGUGUUAUCAAGUAUUUGUUCUACAGAGGGAAAUGUAAUGUAAUAUGCAAUUGGGAAUUCCUGCCAAUAGAGGAUUUAAAAGAAAAAUCCAUAAAGGGGGACCUGAUGUUCUCUAGAUGGUCCUUUUUACAUAUUUUUAUAUCUCAAAUUCUUUAUAGUUUUACAAUCUUUACUGACUAUGUAUGCUGUAAAACCUAGACAUGAAGUCGUGGCAUGCAAACCCUCUACUGUUAGGGACUACUAACAAAGCAUUAUACCCUCUUCUAACCAGAAGCUAUGAAGGAAUUUGUGUGAUCGCAUGACAGACUCUGACAACUCAGCUGAUCACUCAGCUGAUCAAUAAUGAAGGGCUAUAUUUUUCUAUCCUUUGAUCAGGCAACCGUAGGAACUGCUAAAACCUUUUUCUGCUGUAGUUGAUCCCUUCUUACAUUUGAGCCCUUGCCUCAGCCAGUGAAAAUGUAAUAUUGGCUUAAAUUUAAACAACAACAAAAAACACUUAAUGUUCAUGUUAUUCUGUGGCUCUAGACAUAAGUGGAUGGUUUUAGGCCAAAGAUUGUAUAUGUAGUGAAAACUGCAAAUGAAAUAAGAGUGUAAAGCUUAAUUUUGCUGUAUUAUUCUGUUUAUCUCCUAGAACUGUGGUUGCCAUCCAACUAGAUUAUUUUAUCCCAAACCUAAUGGUCAUCUUAAGAUCUGCAUACAUUCCAAUAAAAUAAAACGUGCAAC